AUGCUUCCCCCCUUUGAUUACUUCCAGUAUCGCAGUGCUCGCAACUUCAAGCGCAACCAGAGGACUCAGCGCUUCGCUUCUCUGCCAUCCGUCUACCAUGCUCCAUUCUCUGCCUUUGAUCAGUCGGUGAUCGAUAAGCCAAUCGAAGAGCUCGUUCAAGAUGUACACAAGGGUGCCCUCUCUCCCGUCGAUGUAUUACGUACCUACGGCAAGAUUGCCAUCAAGGCUCAGGAACGAUGCAAUUGUAUAACGGAAUUGUUGAUUCCAGAGUCUGAGGAAUGGGCAAAGUCAGGCAUCAACAUUCAGGGACCAUUGGCCGGUAUUCCAGUCUCGCUGAAGGAUUCCAUCCAGGUUGGGGGCUUUGAUACCUCAGUGGGAUAUACGAGGUAUACCCGCCAGCCAGCUGCAAAGGACGGUGCUCUUGUCAGGCUGUUGAAGGAUGCAGGCGCUGUUCCAUACGCAAAGACUGCUCUCCCCAUCACACUGCUCUCUUUCGAAUCUACGAACGAUCUUUGGGGUGUUUGCCGUAACCCCCAUGGCACCGACUACACCCCCGGUGGCUCCUCGGGAGGUGAAGCCUCCCUUUUGGCUAUGGGAGGUCGUAUCGGUGUUGGUUCUGAUGUUGCUGGCUCCGUCCGUCUCCCUGCUGCAUGGAGUGGUUGCUAUUCCCUCCGCUGCAGCACGGGUCGAUGGCCAAAGGCCGGUGUCAGCACCAGUAUGGCCGGACAGGAGGGUGUCCCCAGUGUUUUCAGCCCUAUGGCACGAACGCUCAACGACCUGACUUACUUCGCCCGUUCCAUAAUCGGAAUGGAACCGUGGAAAUAUGACACUACCGUCCACCCAAUCACCUGGAGAAGCGACAUGGAAAAUGACGCCAAGACGAAGAAGCUCCGAAUCGGUGUUAUGAGAUCUGAUGGUGUUGUUCCACCAACUCCAGCCAUUGCCCGUGGAAUCAACACUACCGUUGCUGCUUUGAUAGCAGCCGGACAUACCAUAGUCGAAGUCAAGGAACCAUCGACUGCCACCUCCUUGAUGGGUCUUAACCUUGCAUCCCUUCUACUUAACUCUGAUGGCUGCGAAACUUUCAACUCUCACCUACAAACUGGUGAAUCUUCUGAUCCAGGUGCCGUCCACCUAACCAAUUUCUCCUGGUUCUAUUGGCCAUUCCGCUAUGCCUAUUACCUGUUCGUACGAUAUAUCAAGCGUGAUGCUACCUGGGCAUACCUUCUCCGUGACUUUGGCCUUAAGACUGCUACCCAGCAAUGGAAGCUUGUUGCUCAACGUGAAACUUUCCGUGCUACAUGGCACGAUUGGUGGAACGCCAAAGAACAAGACUUUGAUUUCAUUCUCUGCCCUGUCAACGCUACUCCUGCUCUACCACAUGGUGCUAUGACUGAUGCCAUCAGCGCUUGUGGCUACACUUUCUUCUGGAACAUGCUUGAUUACUCUGCCGGUGUCAUCCCAGUCGGACACGUCGAUUCCAAGAAGGAUGCCCUCGUCGGCCCCGACGGCAAGAAGGGCAAGAACGUGUAUAAGCGCGUGCUGAAGAACUUGGGCGUUGACAGUGCCGUUUCCCGCGGUGCUUGGAAGUACUACGAUGCUGAUGCUAUGCACGGUCUACCUAUUGCCGUCCAGGUUGUUGGUCGAAGAUGGCACGAGGAAAAGGUUAUUGGAUGUAUGCAUGCCGUUGAGAAGGCGUUGGAAGAGUACAAGGGCCCUGGUGGAGAGGGUGGAAAGUACCAGCUCUUGGAGAUUGACUAG